UGACCUGUAAGCUGUAGUUUUUUAUACCCGGGUACAAUAUUCGAGUGCGGACGUAGAACCACAUAAAAGUGCGUAGAACUGUGAUUGUUCUGCUGCCGUAGCAGUAAAAUCCUGCUGUAGAUGGCAGACGAUGGUUUACUGGGUGGGGGAAUCAUGGGAUGCUUGUAUAUUUUGUGCAAAGUGCGAGACUGUACAAUUUGGUACAAUUUCAAACCGUUCGAGUUCAAACUGCAACUGACUGCAACAACUGCAAAGGCAUCACAACGGUCGUACCAGAGAGAAUUUAAGAUGUCCGAAGAUACAGUCAAAGUCGCAGUACGUAUUCGUCCAUUAGUUAAAACCGAAAUAGAAAGAGGAUGUCGACCAUGCCUGGAUGUUGUUCCUGGAGAGCAACAGAUAGUUGUACGAAACGCAGACAAGUCGUUUACCUUUAAUUACGUUUUUCCUUCUGAUAUUGGACAGGAAGAUUUUUAUAAUACAGCUGUAAAAAGUAUGGUGCAGAAUAUUUUUAAAGGAUAUAAUGUAACAAUAUUAGCAUAUGGUCAAACAGGUAGUGGUAAAACUCAUUCAAUGGGUACAAAUUACGUACAAGGUGAUGAUUCAGGCAUUAUACCACGGGCAGUGAAUGAUAUAUUUGAAACAAUAGCACAAAAGCCAGAUUGGAGCUUUCAAACCACAGUGUCGUUCAUGGAACUGUAUCAAGAACAAUUAUACGAUCUAUUAGCUGACAAGCAUCGUGGUCAGUGUAUCGUGGAUAUCAAAGAUGACGGCAAACAGGUGAAAGUCAUCGGCGUUUGCGAAAAGAAAGUUACAAACCCAUCUGAAGCUUUACAUUGCUUGAUGCAAGGUUCCUUAGGCCGGGCUACAGGUGCAACGGCAAUGAAUGCACAAAGUAGCCGAAGUCACGCAAUUUUCACCUUGUGCAUAUACCAACAAAAAAAAGAUGAUCCGAGUACAGCGACUACGGCGAAAUUCCAUUUAGUAGAUUUAGCUGGAUCUGAGCGCAGCAAAAAGACGCAAGCAACAGGUGAAAGGUUUAAGGAGGGUGUCAACAUAAAUAAAGGUUUAUUAGCUUUAGGAAACGUUAUAUCUCAAUUGGGAGAUAAUGGUGGUUCCACGUCUUACGUGGGUUACAGAGACAGCAAACUCACCAGAUUGCUGCAAGACUCUCUUGGUGGAAACUCGGUCACACUGAUGAUCGCAUGCAUCAGUCCAGCGGAUUAUAAUCUGGACGAAACUUUGAGCACUCUGAGAUACGCCGAUAGAGCGCGUAAAAUAAAGAAUAAACCUGUGGUGAAUCAGAAUCCUCAGGUCGCAGAAAUAAAUAGACUGAACAAAUUGAUACAGGAACUGCAACUUGCUUUAGUGGAGCAAGAAAUUCGAAUUUCUUGUCCAGCCGAACAUCAAGAGCUUGAACAAAAAAAUCAAAUGCUGCGAAAUAAGAUAAGGGACUUAACAGAAAAGCUGAGUUCGAAUUUGAUCGAGGCUGUAAUAAUGCACGAAAGAGCAGAGCUAGCGGAGCAAGCUAGAGAAAAAAUUCAAGCAGACGUGAUGAUAAUAGCAAACGAAUGUAAACAACUUUUAGACGAAGUCGACAAAGACUUCAAAGAACACGAUUUCCGCAUGCAUUUAGAAACCCUGUAUUCGAAGAUUCUCGAUAUUCAAAAGGAUCAGAAGAAAACGUCGGAAGAAUUAACGCGUUAUGAGACAUCAUCUUUCCAAGCAAAUGUAUUUACGAACAAGACGGAAGAAUUGGAAAAUUUGUGUCUAGAUGAAGCAAAUUCUUCCGACAGUCUAUUGGACAUCGACGAGAAGCAGGAAGAACAUACGUUGCUUCAAGUGAAGCGAAACAACGAAGUGCAGAAUAUUAAUAAAGAACUCGCAAUUAAGGAAAGUCUGAUAGCUGAGCUCUUAAAAAGCUCGCAGCCAAUGAUCGAUCAUUCCAAAGAUAUACAGGAAAUGGAACAAGAGAUAAGAUCUCUUCAAACUGAACGGGACGAGCUCAUGCAAGCGUUACAGAGUAUUCAAGCGAAUAACGUUAGCUCGAAGAUAGCAGAAGCGAGGCGCAAGAAGGUGCAAGAAUUAGAAAAGAAGAUGUCCGAAUUGAGGCGGAAGAUCGUAGAACAAGACAAAAUAGUUAAAAUAAAAGAAAAGCAAGAUCAGCAAGUGAAGAACCUAACGAGAGAAAUGCAGAUGUUGAAACAAACAAGGGUGAAAUUAAUUAAGCAAAUGCGUGUAGAGUCUGAUAAAUUUGCGAAAUGGAAACAGGCUAAGGAGAAGGAACUGAACAAAUGGAAAGAUCAGCAUAGGAAGCAAGUGAACGAAAAUACACGUUUAAAAAUGUGGCAUAGUAAACAGGAAACUGUCUUAAAACGGAAAAUGGAAGCAGCUUUUGCUGUUAACAAAAGAUUGAAAGAAGCUCUUGAUCUGCAGAAGAGGGCAGAAAAGUGGAGGAGAGAAAAGGUGAAUAAUAAAUCUGAUAAAAUACACAGUUGGAUCAAUCAGGAGUUACAAAUAUUAGUGAGCACCGUCGACGCUGAGUAUUCCCUUGAUAAAUUAAUGCAAGAUAGAGCUAUGCUGGUCGAUAUGUUGAAUAAAAUUCAAAAUAGUAGCGACGCGGACGAAGACGAAAUUAACAAGUGUACUGAGUUUCUGGAGUUGCGUAAUUCACAAAUUAGUGAUCUUCAGCAGAAGAUAAUCGAAUCUGAUCAAGGUAAUCUUCUUAACACAUGUUACUCGCCAUACUCGCCUUGCACAUACAUAAUGAAUAAUGUUUCUUGUUUCUUAGAAAACAGGGAACGUACGAGAUGGCAAAAUAUACAGACACUAGAAGAAGCAAGAGCUGCUCUUAAAGUAUUAUUCAAGCAUACGGCAGAAGAUAGAAGAAACCAAUGUAUAAAAGAGAAUCAGUACACGGAGCUCGUGGAUAAGUACGAACUACUGAAAGCACAAUUCGAUGAAUAUCGUGCUAAAGAAAAAGAAAAGCGCAUGUCCAGACAAUUAAAUAGAACAGUAUGCAUCAGUGAAAAUGAGGAUGAGAUUAUAAAAUUGAAAGAAGAAUUAGAAUACUUUAAACAAAAGUGUCAAUCACAGGAACAAACAAUUUUUCUUAAACCGAACAAGAAGACUAAGGAAAACAAAGAGAACGUGAAUCCCGAAGUUCUUAGAGAGGAGAUAGAGAUAGAGAAUUUUGAUAAAGAUGAUACAAUUGAUGAUGAAAGUAUAAUUGAAGAUGAUCCUGAAAAGGACCCAGAUUGGAGGGGUACACCACUCUAUAAUCGCAUUUCCAGGCUUUUGUCAAGCACUAAGAAUACUACGCAUGAUCGAAUGUCAGUGAAACGAACAUCUGGUGGAGAUGUAAAAUGUUCUUGCAAAACGAAAUGUGUUACGCGCGUAUGCUCGUGUCGUAAAAAUGAUGCCUAUUGCAGUGGUAAAUGUAAUUGCAAUUCGGACCAGUGUCAGAAUAAGCUUGCGAAACACUUGUUUGAUGAAUGUGAGAUGAAGAAGGUCGAAGACGAGGAAAUAAGCGAGACCUCCAGUAAGAAAUUGAAGCAAAGUGAUAAUCAGAUUUUAUUGAUUAAUAAUUAGAUCGUUUUUAUGAUGUAACAAUUUUAACAUAAUUCACUGUACAAAUGGAAUUAGCAAUAUUUACAGAAUGACUUGGAAGAGGAAGUGAGCGAUACCUCUAAUAAGAAGUUGAAUUACAGUGAUAAUUAGCACAAUGUCUGUACAAAUUACAAACAACUUUACCAAUUUUUUUAACAUAAUUAACGAUCCAACUUAUUAUAUCCAAAUAAAAUUAGCAAUAUUUAAAUACAA